AUGAUUGCUAGUGAAAAUAACCACUUAAAUGCAGUCAUCUUUCUUACCGAUCACGGGGCUAAUAUUGAUCUUCAAGAUAGGGAAGGUUACUCAAGCCUUCACUACGCAGCUGGUAACAUUUCAGAUUUAUGUGAUGUUUUGGACUUUUUAAUCACAAAUGGUGCUGAUGUUAAUGCAUUCACCAAUGACAAAUUCACUCCUUUGAUAAUUGCAAGUAAUUGCAACAAUUUGGACGUAGUAAACAGCCUUAUCAAACAUGGCGCAAACAUUCAUCUUGUAGACAGAUAUGGUCGAACAGCUUUGCAUUAUUCCAUCACAGUGGUAGACCAUGACUCAGUUACUGUUUUGAGGAGUUUGAUUAAAAAUGGAGCUGAUGUCAAUGCUCUGACAAAUGACAAAUGCAGUCCUCUUAUGAUGUCAAGUUUAAGUGGUUCUGUGAAUGUGGUAACUAUCCUUGUUGAGAAUGGGGCCAAUAUGGAUAUACAGAAUCAAAAUGGAGAUACAGCACUUCAUUAUGCUGUAUGUGCUACAAGAAACUCAUCUGAAGUUGUUCACAAACUUUUAACUCUUGGAGCGUCGCAUUUAAGAAACCAAAAAGGGCUGACUCCCCUUCUUUUCGCCAGCUACAUCCUUAAGCAUUCUUUGGUAGAGGAAUUAAUCCAAAGACCAGAGAUAACAAAAGAGCAGAGAAUUGAUGCCCUGGAGCUUCUUGGUGCCUCUCUCACCAUUUGGCAACGUGCUAGUGAAGGAUCUGUCAAUGAGUACAUAAAGCGUGGAAUGGAGGAACGCUUUGCAGAUUCCUCUAAUCCUUUGUUAAAACAACCAAUGGAACCUGUUGAGGCUUAUCAGAAUAGAAAGGAGUGCCAGACUUUUGAACAGCUUGCUCAGAUAGAGGGUGACAGAAAUGCUAUGGUCAUAGACAGCCUUCUAAUUUUAGAGAGAUUCUUUGGAGCAAAUGAAAUAGAACUGCUUCCUCAAAUAAGAUGGAGUGCUACGGAGAAGUGGUAUAUCGAUUCUUACAUACGCAUAGGAUUGUAUCAACAUGCCAUAAGAGUGGCACAUUGCUACAAUCAAUCAGCAAUUUCAGAUUUAUAUGAAGCAAUGUGUUUGCUUUACGCUAACAUGGAGGAUUGUGACCUUCAAAGAGGAAAGUUUUUACUUGAAUUGCUUGAUCAAACUGUUCUUGAGUACAAGUACCAACGAAAGCUGGGAGAACAAUUUGGCGUUAAGCUAGGUAAGGACGAGUGUAAAAUACUUUUUGGCUCUACAGUGAAACUUGUGCAUAUGAUCUCCACACACAAAUACUGGAAGGAGAGCAAGACUUCAUGUGUAUCAGAACUGCUUAGAAAACUUCGUUACCAAAAUCCCAGAGAUCAGUGUGGAAACACAUUGUUACACCGCAUUCCAUGUCUUGAUGCAGCAAAGCUUCUUUUGAGUGCUGGUUUUAAUGUAAAUGCCAUGAACAAUGAUGGAGAUACUCCACUCCACAAGGUUGUGAAACUCCUGCCUCUAAGCGGUGAAAAGAUCCAGUUUUUGACUGACAUGUUGCACGUUUUGUUCGACGGAGGUGCUCAUUAUGAUUUUGUCAACAAUGAUGGUAAAACACCCAUGGACGUGGCUAAAACUGAUGAAGCUCGCAUGAUUCUUUCAGAGAGAAGAAACCUGGAGUUAAAGUGUAUCAGUGCCAGAGUUGUCAAAAAGUUUAGAAUUCCUUAUUUGGGGGUGGUACCUAAAACACUGGAGAAAUAUAUAAGCAUGCACUAG